AUGGACAAGCCUCGAGACGUGAAACGUGGAGCCACUCGCUUCAAACAACCUUCUGGACACAAGCUCUUCUCUUGUUUGGCUGGUGUUGGUGCUGGUGCUGGUGCUGGUGCUGGUGGGGACUUUGUGCAGUCGGCAAAAUCAAAGAAAGAGCGUCUCAGAAAAUUGAGUGCUCUUGGUACAGCGAGUUCGAGCUUCCAAGACUGCGAAAUGGGUUGUGAUGUGUCUGACAGAGAAGAUGAGCUUCCCAGUAAGAGAUUUAAGCUUCCCAAAAAGUUUUUUGAUGACUGCAAUGGCGUUGAUCAUGCCUCUGUUCCGCGGAAGUUGCGAUCAGCAAUGAAGAAGCGCAAUCGUGAAUCUGCAUCUCCAUCUAUACCAAAUUCAAAGAAGCUGAACCAUACAAUUAGUGGCAUCGAAUCCCCAAAAAGGGACGGUGUAAAUAAACCCAAACCAUACUUGAAACAAGGAGGCUCAGAUAGAUCCCUGAGAGAAACUGUUUCUGGGGAUAUCACAAAAGACGAGGAAGAAGUUGUGGAGACAUUGUAUGCUUUGGCCGGACUGUUCCCUAACAAUGAUGCAAAUGAUAACAGUAAAUUAGACACUGAAUCUUUAGAUGCAAAUCCUUCAGCUUUGCCAGAGUCUAAAGAGACUCCGACCCCUGCAUUUGAAGUUGGAAAUGAUAAGUCGGGUUCAAUUUGCCCCUUGAAAGCUACCGAGGCCUCCAGUCCAUCUAGUGUAGAAAGAUUAGCUAAAGAAACUGAUCAAGCUGAUUCUUUGAACCAAUCCAGUACUCAAAGUGAACCUGAAUUACCAAACAGUAGGAAAUUCUGUAUAACCUCAGAUGAUUCAGUCCCUCAUGAUCUAAACAUUUCGUCAGUCUCAGCAAUAGUUGAAGAGUGCAAUGAAAAGCCUACUGCCAAUGUUGUCAACUUUUCUGUUCCAUCUGAUCUAAGCCUUGAUAGUCGCAGGUUAAAGCAGCCUGUGCAAGAGUCCUCAAUUUCUGGGAGAAAACCAGGAACUGCACUGGAGCUGGGAAAAACCAUGGGGAGUCAAGUUGAAGUGCAAAAUAUGGUCCAGGAGUCCAAGAAAAAUGGUCCAGUAUUGUGGCCUGGCUUGUCUUCAAAUGUCUCCCACGGUGCUAGGAAUGAUAGUCCAUCAUCAUCGUCGCAGUCCCCUGCUGCUAAAAUUCCGGCCUGGAUGGAUGCCGCCUUGUCUACUUCCAGAGCCUCAGUUCAAAAUGUUUCUUCUUUUGGAAAGGUUACUAAUGUUCUAAAUGGUAGAAGGACGUGGAAGAAGUGCGCAGCUCAUGUCUACAUAAGUCAUUUGAUUCAGGCUUUACAAAACUCCGAGAGCAAAGAUAAGUUACAGCCUAAUGAAAUGAGACUACAUGAAGGAUCCAAACAAGUGGCUCUUCUUGGAGCUAAUAUUUAUACUAAAGUUAAAAAUGGGAUUGUUUCUGCUAGUAGCAUAGAUAUUUCUAGUGCUGAAAAAAGGCCAAACGAAGCUAAGAACGGUAUUCUUGAGCAGAAGAAGCUUUAUCAAGACCAGCCAGGGUCUGCUAUGGGAUCUCGGGCAUACCCUUCACCAAAGCAGAGUUUUGAUUUCCUGUCAUUGUCAGCUGGAGGUGGUGGUUUGGAAACUAAUGAUAGCUUUAGUAGAGCUAGAAACGGAAUGGAGCCAUCAUCACAAUCCCAAGUUCCUUAUAUCCAUUCUCUCAUGCAGCAUCACACACUCGUUCCUUUAUCUUUGCCCCAGUCUCACUUCAGCUCUUCUUCCUGCCCCAACAAUCCUUCAGCGGCCCAGCAGGCCCAGUUGCAGCUACCUCCAUAUCAUUGCAACCCAUUCUGUGGUCCUCAAGCAAGUCCCACAGCUUUGACAAAGCAGCAACCUCAACAGCAACAUUUACAGCUUCAGCAGCAGCAGCAAAGGCUUUGGGCAGCUCACAUGGUGGCUCAGUACAGGCCAGUGGGAACUACAGCACCUGCAGUUCACUUUCCAAGCUGGCAAAAUGGAAGGCAGGAGACUAUGCUGAUUCCAUGCGGCCAAGCCGUUAUGUCUCCUUCCCCUUCAACACUUGACCUAGUUGGUCCUAAGUAUGCACCACUGUCUCAACAACAGCAGCAGCAGCUAAUGGCUGUUACUUCAUCUUUUCCUCCUGGUAGGGUAAAACGACAAGACCACCAUCUACCUUCUGUGUAUGAGGAGUCUGGAGGUGGAUUCCGCGCUGGAAGUGCACUGCCACUGCAGUUACUCUGCAGCGAGCGCCUUUAA